GUAAAUAUUUGGAAUAAACUAAAUAUUUUGGGUCUAAAAUUAUUUUACGUCAUAAUCUGUUCAAAGAAUUGAUUACUUCAUCAAUCAACAGAUAGAGUUUCAUGUUUACGUGACAAUAAAUAUGGCGGUUCAUUUACUGUCUCUCAGUCACGGAAUCGAGAAACAUUUUAUUUCACAUUGAAAAAUACGAAACAAUUAACUAUUGCGUAAAUAUAUUUUUAACAAAAUAAUAAUAAUGUUGUUAACAUUAAAACCAGAUCAUAAGAAACAUGUACUGCUUCUUGCGGAACACGAACCGCAAGUUUUACAAGAUUUCUGUAAAUUGGCCCUAGAUUAUUUGCAGAAGGGACCAAACGUUAAAUUGUAUAAUGCAGCUGCUCAAAAAUUAGAGGUUGAAGUAAACGUAAUUAAAAACUCAGUUGAAGGACUUGUCAAUUUAUUACUGGAGAGUUGUAGAUACAAGUUAAAUUCCGAGGACUUUAGGGAUUCAGUAAUAGCUUUAGGGUUUUCUGAAGAUCAAGAAGCAAUAUUAAGCAAAUUAUAUAAUACUAAAAAAGAUGAAAUAUUAAACACACUUACAGAUAUUGGAUUUAAAUUGCCAGAGUAUCAUGAUAUGGAAUGGAGAUAUGAAGUUCAGCUUGCAUCAAGAUCGCUAUUAAAACAAGUUGCUCCUCUCAUUACUUUGGAUUUAUCCAUAAAAAAUACAGACAAGGGUGAGAAUGUGGAGCACGUAUUACUUCAAACUGACCCUGUUAAUUUGCUACACAUUGUACAGCAAUUAGAAGAGGCCCUUCAAGAGGGUCACAGUCAACACAUUCGUAGACUUUCAAGAGUGAUAAAAUGAUAUUUAUAACAAUAUCAAUGUUUUAUAUAACACAAUUUACAUAACAGAUUAUAAAAUACUGUAUAAUAAUACAUUGUACAUUAUUUAAAUUUAUACCAAUUAUGUCAAUUUCACUCAUAAAUGCAUACGUAAUGUUUCA